CUUGGCGACGUCACAGCUUCGAAUCCAACCGGGAUCGCUCGAGAGGGAGAGGCACAAGAAAGUUCGGCCCUUAAAGCACUUCUCAAAAUAAUUAAAAUAAUUGAACAGUGGCUGCGACUGUGGGUGGCGAUCGGUUUAUCAGCUCAAGUGUGGACACAACAAACUAGCACGCGUAUAACCCAGGACGGGGCGACAUUCGAGUGGGGAUGGAAGGUGCAGCCGAACGCGGGAACUGUCGAACACUACUACGUCAAACUACCGGAGGCUGCACCGCAAACUUACCAAAACAACCAAGAGCAGAAUUCCUCGCUACCUCACGACCAAGGGCACGACACGCCGCAAUCUCCAGUCGAAAUAUAUCUCCUUCAACAGCAAUAUCCUGAGCAGGAACAAAUCCAGGUCUUGCCCACUGCAAACCCGAUACAAUACUCCCCUGUGCCAUACACAUCUUUCACAACCCCUCUAUACAACAUACAAACACAACAUACUAUACCAGAAGACUCAAAAGAGGAGAGCUCUCAGCCUCUUAAACAAGAGGAACCGAAUGAGCAAACUAGCUACUCAAACUCAGUCGUAAGAGUUUUCAAAGACCACAAUUGUACUGACCAUGAUGAUAAGGAAACAGUCACCGACACACAGAAAUAUGAAGUCGAUGAUAUUAAUGGAAAUUUCGGAGUCAAAGACAAAACUGAACGACCGUUGAGCUACAGAGGAGCGGUGCAUUUCAGAGUAGAAUCGCCUAGAGAAAACGCUAGAAGCGAAAGGUAUUAUUUUACUACCGUUGCAACCCCUACCAUUACUGAAAAUUCUAUUGAUAAUCAAGACAGUAUAUCUAGACUAGUUGCUUCGACUCAAGAUUUGAUAUCAAAUGAUGAUUUAUUAAGAAUUAAUCAUGCAGCUGAAAAACAGGCAAAUAUACAAAACGACGACUUAAUCAAACCAAGAUUUAAUCUACAAUCGGAGCAAACUAGAUACAAUACAAACAGAUUCACAGUGCAGGCGAAAAUAGAAAAUAUUGUCAAAAGCGAUGUGGAACUUGCAGAAAAUGACGACUCCAAAGAACGAAUUCUACAAACCAGUUCAAACGAGUACAAAUUCGCCUCUCCUAUUGUAGUUCAAGACAGUUAUGAUAAAGAUCAAAUAGUUAAUAACAUAGUGUCCACUGUGGCUCCUUAUCUCGACGAUGGUUAUGAAGUCGUGAGUGUAAGAAAUACUCUUAAUAACACUGAACUAGAUAAUGAUAGCGGAGAGACCGUUGAUGUAACUCCGAGGCCCAUCGGUCCCAAAUAUUUAGCUCCUAUAACAGUUGCUCUGAGACUACUUAAUGCUAACGAAACAGAUUAUAACUCUUUAGAAGAUCACACAGGAUCCGAUAGUGAAUUAAUCGAAGAAACUGUUGAAGGCCCUAAGAAAGAGAAGACAAUAGUUGAAAUCCAAAAAUCUAUUCCUAUCUCUAUCACUCACAUCAAUGAUGUCGAAGUACACGAAUAUUUGGACGAAGGAAGAAGCAAUAAUAAAGGAUCUUUAGAUAACUCAAAGGUUAUUUACGAUAAGUACAUAGACGCGUUAUCAUCAUCGAAGACACUUCAAAAUAAUAUGAAUGAACUGCUUUAUAAAAUGGGUUUCUUGAAAAAGGAAAAUGGUAUUAGCAAUUUCAAGAAAACUCAAAAAUAUGAUGACAAAGACCACUUAGAGUCCAGCGAAGAUAGAAGAACAGAAGUUGAAGUAAAACCCGAUGGUAGUAGUAAUCAGAGAAGCGAGUUGGUACACUAUUACAACGAUUAUGGACAGGGAAAUGAAAAGGUAAUUCAGCCAAUCAUUAUUGAGAAAGAAGUUCCCGUAACACAAUAUGUUGAUAGAUAUAUAGAGAAGAAAGUGCCUUAUCCAGAACAAGUGCAAAUUAUAAAAGAAGUAGAUAGGCCCGUGCCUGUUCCUGUCCCUUACGAGAAAAUCGUCGAAAAGCCCGUUGAAAUAACUAAGUAUGUCGACAAGCCUUAUCCGGUUGAAGUAUUGCAACCUUUCCCUGUACAUAUUCGUGUCCCGUAUCCAGUAGAACAAAAGGUUUUCAUCGAUCGACCAAUUCAUAUACCAUUCCCAGUGGAGAAAUUGAUUGAAAAGCAAAUAAUACAUCAGGUUCCCGUUCCUACACCCGUAGGAAUACCUAUAGAAGUGCCAGUCGAGCAGCAAGUAUUAUAUCCUAUACCUAUUGAAACGCCCGUACCGGUGCCAGUCGAAAAACCUAUUCAUAUAGAGAAAGUUAUUCAUAAACAAGUCCCAGUUCCCUAUCCAGUUGAAACUAAAGUGCCUUAUCCUGUCAGAGUUGAAACAAAAGUCCCUGUUCCGUAUCCAGUAGAAAAACCAGUGCCCGUACCUGUAGAAAAAAUCGUUGAAAAACCUGUGACUGUUACGAAGGUCGUCGAAAAACCUGUUCCGGUUCAAGUACCUGUUCCACACCCCGUGCCUGUUGAAGUUAGAGUGCCACAUCCUUAUCCGGUCGAAAGAAUAGUCGAAAAAAAGAUCCCAUACCCUGUACCUUACGACAGAGUAGUCGAGAAAAAGGUACCGUUUAACGUGCCUUAUCCAGUCGAAACUGUUGUCGAGAAGAUAGUCGAAAAACCUGUGGUUGUUACUAAAUAUGUUGACAAACCUUAUCCAGUCGAAAAGCGUGUGCCUUAUCCCGUCGAGAAAAUAGUCGAAAAGAAAGUACCCUACCCUGUUGAAGUUCCUGUAGAAGUUCACGUACCGUAUCCAGUUGAAAGGAUUGUCGAAAAACAUGUUAAAUCGCCAACGACACAUAUCAAAGCUGUGUGGCGCGCAGAGCAAUCGCAAAAUGUCCCGCAAUACGUGAAAUACUAUGAAAAACCGAAUGUAAAACAAAACAUACAAGAACAAAAAGAAAACGAACAAAGACAUCAACAAAUCCACGAGCAACACAAGCAACAAGCUAUUAAUCAACAAAUUCAUGAACAAAAACAACAAGAAAUCAAUCAACACAUUAAAAACCUACAACAACAGUUUCAGAAGCAGGAAAACUUGAUACAGCAUUACAGAAACUUGAAGUUUCUACCACAGUUGGUCCAAAAGCAACAGUGGGGUAACCAAUACGCUUCUUCCUACCAAUACAUCAAUAGUACACCUAACUUUGAGAUCCAGCAGUUCAAAAAGUCGCCAGCGUUGACAAAUUACUUAAUGUAUUUAACGAAUCGCAGUCCUUAUGAAUAUUACGGUCCGCCGCCGGUUAAAAACUAUGAAAAUUUGUGGGAGAAAAGUCAAAAUUCCGAUCCAAAAUUACGAAGGACCGACAGGACUUUAGUUACGAAUUUAAGGAUUGAGUAUGGAUUUAAGCCGCCUUUGAUUCCGAGUAUAGAAGUGGACUUAGAUGGGAUACCGGUCAACAAACAAGAGACAUGAGUAAUUUAAGCAUAGUUUAUAGAUCUCAGCGCCAUUUUGUUAUGUGAUUGAUCUUUGAAUGUUCAAAUGUCUUAUUCUACGGGCUAUUUGAAAGUCUAUGGAUUCUGUCUUCUUAAGAAAUCUUUAUAGUGGCCCAAUUGUGUUUACUGAUUUUUAAUUAAUUUAUUAUACGGAUAUUGCUAGACAGCUACUAGACAGACAAAAUUAUAGACCUUGUAAAUUUGGCACAACAUCGCGCUCAUUUAAGUAACGCGUACUGAGGCGACAAAUGGGACAGAUUGCUAAUAUAUUUUUUGUGUUUUUACAAGGGCAGCCUACUGUAUAAGUGAAUUGAAUAAUCUAUGUGAUCCCUACACAAAGUCUACAGUUUUGUAUCGAUACUAAAACAUUACCAUUGAGAUAGGAUUACGAUUAACGUUGACAGAAUGGACUCCCAAAAAUAGCUUAUUAUUUUAUAAAUACCGUCUAAUAUAAGACCCAUAUAAAUUCAAUGUAAAUAUAGAAAUCUUAUUUCUUUAGUCAUUUUACUCUUCAGUAUCAGUAUUUUACUCUCUUUUAAGACUAAAUCGAUUAUUUUCAAGUAUUGGACGAAAAUACUCUUUUUUUCAAGUAUUGUUUUAAAUUCUUACAAUUAAGUAUUAUAGUUGUAUAGUCAUUUUGAAAUAAUUCUAGUUUUAAGUUGUUGAAAAAUCUUUUUAUGACAAUAGUAUUCGCUUUUAUUUAUUUUAGUUAAAAAAUGUAAAUAUUUGCCUUCGAUUGUUCAUUUACUGAAUAAAUAUUGACAUACGUUUA